GCGCACAAUAUUGUCGUACUCGAAAGCAUAAUAGUAUUUGCAGUACCCGCACUUUCCAGAAUAUACUGCGCUUACAGUCUCCGUGUCAGCCGCCAUCAUGAAGGUAAGUUUUCCUCUGUUUUUUGUCGUUUUCGAAUCCGAGUAAAGUAAAUAUAUUGUGUGUUACGAUGUUUUCAGCUCGGCGGCCCGACGAGACUUUUAGGUUUCGCGUUCGCGUGUUGUUGCACACCCGAACGCGUUUAAAUAAAUAUCGCAAAACCGCAUAAUCUUUCGCGCACACAAUAAUUGAAAAUCGCGUGCGCCCACACGGCAGAUUGUAUUCGUUUCCAUCGUUUUAUCUACAAAAAUAAAAAUUUCGAGUAAAAUCGAUUUUGUUUUUAGUAUUUAUAGAACUUUGUGUUUUUGAUUUUUUUUUUUUUUUUUUUUUUAUAAUAUUUUCAAAAUGUUACACCCCUACCCACUCACGCCCUCCCGUUCCGUACGCCGCAAACGCACACGUAAACUUUUGGUUUACAAAUAGCUACGCUUUUUCAACGCGGAUGCAAUAAGAUAAUAUUUUUCUAAAACGUUUGAUACCAUACGCGUAUGUCAUUUACGAGUUUUAUCGAGUUUUCGAUAUGCACCCCGGUGGUGUAGGGUAAGGUUGUCGUUUAAAAAUAGAUAAUAUUAUAACCCUUCCCCACGCGCCUCCGGUAUGAAAUGUAAACAAUAAUCGUGACAAACGGUAAAAUAAUCGAGAUUACCGCGCUGUGUAUGCGUGUAAAAAUGUCGAGAAAAGUAUUAGUUUUUCGGAUCAGUGUUGAAAGGGGCCAUUUGAAAAUCAAAAAAAAAAAAAAAAAUGUAAAUAUACUCGUUGUCAACGAGGCACAAGAAACCGAGGAAAACACUUUGGAAUUGUGCCCGAACAAUCGCAUAACGGUUGAAUAGAAAAUCGAAACGUGGUUUACUUAAAACCGUCCGAUAAGUCGAGUUGAUUGAACCGCCCUGCGCGUCGCACCUGCAUAAUAUAUGCGGAAAGUCGAAUAAUUUUACCGAUGUCGCGCAAUAUUCGUCCCAUUGUGAUGUUGUUUUUUUGUUUUUUUCUCAAAAGGUCCCCCACAGCUGCAGCGUACAAUUUUUUAAAUCCGUUACAUUCUGAGCGCAUCGAAGAACGUACCGGUCUCAAUACGAUGUGUGCGCUUUUUUGUUUUGUUUUUUGCUGUCCGCCAUUUCUGCCGGAAAUCUCGUUUCGAUUUUCGAGUGCAGCGUCUAUUCCGGUAGCGAAUUUCACCGACGAUCGGCGAGUUUUUUUUUAUUUUCGGUGGCGGCGGCGGUUAAAAUCGCACGAAUCCGAGACCUUAAACUUCCGUUGUGCACUCGGGAUUUUCGUACUGACGCCCACGACGUUACCGAAAAACCGAAAACGGUACGUCGCGUACGACGACGCCGGCGGCACGCAAUCAUUCGUCCGCGUGCAACGCCACAAAAAUAGCGAACCGACGGGGAACGUACUAUCGUUAUCGUUGCGCGGGGUUUGAUAAAAAUAUUAUCGUCGUUUUUUUUUAUUUUGCUUUUUCUAUUACGCGCGUACACCGUCACAACAAUUGAAUUUCGGGCGGGCGUACGUGCGCAUUACUUAUUGUAUCGGUUCGGCGUACGCGCGUUUCGGAGAGGUCGUUGAUCGAACAGUUUUCGUACGUCGAAUUACAUCACACGCGAAUACGUUCAAGGCCGAAAACGAGCCGGUCGGAUUCGACACAGUUGCAAUGGGGGAAAAAAAAAAAAUAAUAAAAAAAAAAAACAAUAAUAAAAACACUCGCAGAAAUGUAACAACGACGAGAACAAUAUCGGAAACGCGAAAGCCGCCGUCGCGACGAUAAUAUCGCACGACAGUCGAUAAUAUUAACCGCGCGAUAAGUUCACCGUUUACAGUUUUCACGUCGAUUCAGAGAAUAUGUUUCGUCUUGUUGUCGAUUCAUAGGCGCAACUAGGGUUUUAUGUUUUUUUGUAAGGGAACUAUUUUUUUUUUUUUUAAGGGAACUUUUUUUUUUUUUUUUUUUUUGGUAUCACACCUGCAGCCCGCGGCGGCUUCACCCCCGCGUCCAUCAAUAUUAUAAAUCAUAACGCAUUGUAUACCAUAGAACACAUUUUUAAUUCAACUAUUUUACGUCAAAUACAAAAUGUCCUUUUAAUAUACUAAUAGACGACAAUACUAUACAUCAGUUUAUCAGUCCUAUAAAAUAUUAUUAAACUAAUACUAAUCUUCUAUUGGUCGCUGUAAAUUGAUCAAUAAUUGUUUUCGCGUCCAGGCUAUUGUAGUUACAUCUCUUUCGAUAUUCAAAAAUAACAUUUUUUUUUUUUUGUUUUUGUUUUAUGGAAUGCGCGACAUUGAUAAUAACCGAAACACAAAGUUAUUAAUGCGGGCUAAUUUUCGGAUUAGCGAAAUAUAAUUCACGACGAAUCGAUGAAAUCAUUUUAAAAAAAUAAUAAUAUAUAGAUGAAUUUUGGGGUUUUUUUUAAAUACGAAAAAAUUCUUUCUAAUUUCUAUAACGAUUAAAUGUCUCUUACUAUUCAAUUCGUAUAAUUCGAGGCUAGAUAAAUAUUCGGGUGGGGUCUAAGACCCGUAGCCCCCCCCCCUUAUUGUGCCUAUGCUUUUCAUGCGGGAUGUACAAGUUAUCCGAGAUUAUUAUAAUGUUUUAAAAUCGUAAUCAAUACACCAGUACCCGCCGCUCGUUAAAAAGAACGGAUGAAUAUAUUAUUCGAUUUUCAAGUCACGUUGAAUCUCUUUUCGAAAUCUACAGACGUGUAUACCGUGUCUGGUACGAUUUCGGCAUUUAAAGUUGUUAUUUAUUUUUUUUCACCCAUGGGAUAAAAAGAUUAUUUUUUUAUCUAUAUAGAAGACAAUAAUAUUAAUCUAGCGAUUAUACGCCUGAGAUUAUUGAUUAACAACUAUCUUUUGACCAACGCCGGAUAAAACCGAUCGACGAUAACGACCACAUUGUAUUUGUUCGUUUUGCACAGGUUUCGUACGCAGUCGCUGUGUUGGCGACCGUCGCGUUGGCCGCGGCCGCAGGUCCGUCGUCUCCGUCAGACGGCCCAAAGUCCGCCGUCGCCGUCGCCGUCCCGUCCCCGGUGCAGCCGUCGUCCGUAUCCUACCCCGGGCCGGCGCCCGUCGCCGUCCCGUUCCCGGGCCAAGGAUACCACUUCGCGUCCGAAUAUAGCGGCCCGUUCGGCAGGUCGGCGUUCGCGCCGAAGUCGGCCGUCCCGUCGUCAUACAGUAAGUCCUCCCGUAUCAUAAAGGCCGUUUCGGGUAGUUUGCCAAAAAAAAAAAAAAAAAAACUACGGACAUACUUCGCACGAAGGGCGGGCCAUCGUAGGUGAAAAGUUGGGAAAGUAGGAUAUAGUGGGGAAUUUAAUUUAUAGCUGUACGCAACGGUGAAUCAUUGAUAACGAAAAUCGAUUCGGAGCGAAGUUUAUUUUAUACGUGUACGUACAUUUUCCCUUUUUUCCCUGCGUACAUUCCCGGUUUUUCAUGAUUGUUAAUGAAAACCACUCGAAAAAUUAAAAAAUGGCUUCCUUGAAGUACCACCCAACAAAAAUUUUAUUUCAGAAAAGGUACUACAGUUGAAAAUCGGAGCAAGAUUUUUAGUACAAAAGUUGUUCACAAAUAUAAAAAAAUUAAUAAUAAUAUAGUAAAACCAAUAAAAUUCUCACUACGCCCCGAAUCUAAAAAAAAAAAAAAAUGCGGAAAACGAAACGAGAAACGAUUAAACUAUUAAAAUAGGAAACUAUACAAAAUCGCAUCUUUUCGUUAUCGUCUUUUAAUUCGGGGUACUUUUCUGUAGCGUUUUUCGUCUAGUCGUCGCAUUGGGACAAGUCAUUUUUUUCCUUACGUUUUUCGCAGUUUUCCGAAUCAAUCGGAAUUUCGAUUGAUUUCCGGGUUACCCGGGUAACAGGGUGAAAAAAACCUCUAAUAAUGCCGGGAAAUUAUUGUUUUUCGUUGGCAAUUAUUUAUCGACGAGGACAUAUGUACAUUAACCUUACCGAUUUUCCUGCUUAAAAAGUAGCGUACCCGUCAGCAAUAUCAGCCUAAAUAGAUAGUAUAGCAUAGUAAUAGUAUUAGCCGAUACUAUACAUAUUGUUGGACUUUACACUGGAUCUCAAUUGAAUCUGGGUUCGUUUGGUUUUUUUUUUCCGCAGGCGCCUACCAGCUACCUUACCAGCAACAACAAUACAACUUCGGACCGUACCAACAAUACUACCCCGCGAGUUCCGGCUAUCCAUCGGUCGCCGGACAUUACCCGACCCCGUACGCGUCCCAGUCGGCCUCUUACCCGACCCCGUAUUCCGCUUACCCGGCGUACCCGGCCCAACCGUACCACAGCGGCUCGUCAUACUCGCCAUAUCCCGCCGCGGGUUUCCAGUCGUAUAACGGCCAGUUCGCCGCUCCGUCGGCCUCACCGUACGGCAGCCACUUCGGCGCCGCGGGUUCACAGUCGGCCGCGCCGUAUUCCUCAACCCCGUACUCUUCCGCCCCGUACCUGCAACACCAGCAGUACAACUCCGCGUCCGCCGCUGCCACCGCGGGUGCCGGCCAACAGUACAGCCCGUCCCAACAGUUCCAGUCCCAGCAGUAUAGCCCGUCCCAGCAGUUCCAGUACCCGUCGUUCUACAGCAGCUCGCCGUCCACCGCAUCCGCUUCGAUCUCAGCCGAUUCGCCAAAAGCCUCGAACGAGAAGAAAUGAUUGCGCACCACUGCCCACUUGAUUCCGCGAACACUUGACUUUUUUUUUUUAUUAUUCGAUAUAUUAUAAUUUAUUAUUAUUUAUUUACUUUUUGUAACGCUUUAUUGCCACAAAAUCAAAUAAAGUACUCACUUAUACGCAUUUUAGUGCAUACAUCAA